GGGCGGGGCCAGAGUCCUGCGAGUCGCGGGAGCGCCCCGCUCUUUCGGGGGCCUGCGGUGCCAUGAUCCGGAACGGGCACGGGGAGGUCGGCGCUGCCGGGCGCAGGGUCCCGGCGGGCCAGCGCGCCGUGCGGGUGUGGUGCGACGGCUGCUAUGACAUGGUGCAUUAUGGUCACUCGAAUCAGCUGCGCCAGGCACGGGCCAUGGGAGACUACCUCAUCGUGGGUGUGCAUACCGAUGAGGAGAUUGCCAAGCAUAAGGGCCCCCCCGUGUUUACCCAGGAGGAGAGGUACAAGAUGGUACAGGCCAUCAAGUGGGUGGAUGAAGUGGUGCCCGCCGCUCCCUAUGUCACCACCCUGGAGACACUGGACAAGUUCAACUGUGACUUCUGUGUUCACGGCAAUGACAUCACGUUGACGGUAGAUGGCCGAGACACCUAUGAGGAGGUGAAGCAGGCUGGGAGGUACAGAGAGUGCAAACGCACACAGGGUGUGUCCACCACAGACCUCGUGGGCCGCAUGCUGCUGGUGACCAAGGCCCACCACAGCAGUCAGGAGAUGUCCUCCGAGUACCGGGAAUAUGCUGACAGCUUUGGCAAGCCCCCUCACCCGACACCUGCCGGGGACACACUUUCCUCAGAAGUCUCCUCCCAGUGCCCUGGGGGGCAGAGUCCCUGGACAGGGGUGUCCCAGUUUCUGCAGACAUCCCAGAAGAUCAUCCAGUUUGCUUCUGGGAAGGAGCCCCAGCCUGGGGAGACAGUCAUCUACGUGGCCGGUGCCUUUGACCUGUUCCACAUCGGGCACGUGGACUUCCUGGAGGAGGUGCACAAGCUGGCCAAGAGGCCCUACAUCAUUGCCGGCCUGCACUUUGACCAGGAAGUAAACCGAUACAAGGGCAAGAACUACCCCAUCAUGAACCUGCAUGAGCGGACUCUGAGCGUGCUGGCCUGCCGGUAUGUUUCAGAAGUGGUGAUUGGGGCACCGUAUUCGGUCACAGCGGAGCUCCUGAGUCACUUCAAGGUGGACCUAGUAUGUCACGGGAAGACAGAAAUUGUGCCGGACAGGGAUGGCUCUGACCCCUACCAGGAGCCCAAGAGAAGAGGAAUCUUCCGUCAGAUCGACAGUGGCAGCGACCUCACCACAGACCUGAUUGUGCAGAGGAUCAUCAAGAACAGGUUGGAGUACGAAGCACGGAAUCAGAAGAAGGAAGCCAAGGAAUUGGCCUUUCUGGAGGCCAGGAGGCAGCAGGAGGCACAGCCUGCAGGGGAGACUGACUGACUUCUGACCUGGAGGAUGUCACUCACGCCCUUGCUCUGUGCCCAUCUCUUCUCUCCCGACCCUGCUCUGCUUCUGUGUCCUGGUGUCAGCUCACAUAAUUCCAAAGGAAGCUGGCCUUGCUGGAGGAUGCUGUUCUACCGCCUGUGAGGCGCCCACCGCCCACCUUGCCACAGGCUCAGUCCUUUGCACUGAGCUGCCCAGAGAGGGUGGCCAGCACAGUGAAGCAGCCCAGUGGACAGGAGACGGAGGAGUGUUGCUGUGUGUCCUUAGCGUCCACAGUUCCGACUGCCACUGCCCCAGUCUUGGUUGGGGGCGCCCCUCCUGCCUGACUGGAAGCUGCAAUCUGCCGGCCCAGCUUUGAUGAGAGGUACAGAGGGGGAUGACCUGCAAGUGGUCACCCUCUACUUUGGGGCACGUUCUAGCACCCCAUUCCUGAUUCCCAGAAGAUGUACUUCCCUGACGGCUGGGCCAGCUUGACUUUCUCUGCACAGACUCCGUGGUCCUCAUUUUGUACCUCAGUGGCCGAUGUAAAUUUCUUUGGCUCCCUGAAUAAAGCCUAGCGGGGGCACCCGGCGGGCACCUGGCCCCAGGAAGAUGCAGGAAACCCGUCCACAGCAGGGAUUCUUUUAGAGAAGGGAGAACAGGCCAGGCCAGGAAGCUGGGCAGCCUGUGUACCUGCCCUGGCUCUUCUGUAGACCCAGGAUCUUGGCAACUACCAGGUUGCUGAGGCUCCUACAGCUGCCUCUUGGUGGUUGACUGUAGGGGAGUGCUGAAGUCCUGGCUUCUCCCAAACAAGGAUGCUGCUGGUACUCUUAUCCCACACCUGGUCUCUGCACGUACUGAAGCAGGUAGACCUGCCUUCUCUCUUCCCUUGGAAGCAGGAGAGCCUUUGUGAGCAUAUGAGACCUGGGGUCAGGAUCUGGAGGAGGGGCAUACCUACCUCCAGCCUGUACAGUGCUCAGAGGUACAGUGCUCAGCCCUGCCUGCUAGGAACGGGGGUGGUGCCCACGCUAGAACCCUGGGCUGUGGAAUACUCAGCACAGUCUCAGGUCAAGGAAGCCACCGAGUGUGCUGGUCUCCAAAGGAACACUUCACUGGUAGGCAUGCUCUGUGCCACCUGUGGCCUCUGGGUGAGGCACCAUGGAGAGGAAGACACCCUCAACAGCAGGCUCAGGGGCUCCCAGACCAGAGCUCGCUCAGCUACGGAGCUGGCACCUGGGGGUGUUUGCCUUGGGCGGGAGGGAAGGCAGGACUCAAGCCAGCUGCCCACUUGGCUUUGUGGCCAGGGCCCAGAAUAUGUGAGGGGAGGGCCAGGCUCUGGCCCUCAGGGCAGUGGGCGUUUGGGGAUGGGUCUAAGGGCUCCUGUGCAGUUAGAGCCUUACUCUAGAUCAGUGCACCUCACUUCUGGUCCUGAUUUGUUGAACAUACAGCAGCUAAGUA